AUGUUCUCCAGAGAUUUUAUAGUAGGAAUGGUCUACUUAUUACAGACUGCUGUUGGAAUUCUGGGAAAUUUCUAUCUUCUCUACCAUUAUCUCUUCCUUUACCUCACUGGGUAUAGGGUAAGGUCCACGGGUGUAAUUCUCAGACACCUGACAAUAGCCAACUCCUUGGUCAUCCUCUCUAAAGGAGUACUCCAGACGAUGGCAGCUUUUGGGAUGAGUUUUUCCCUCAGUGACGUUGAAUGCAAACUUGUUUUCUAUGUCCACAGAGUGGGCAGGGGUGUCUCCAUCAGCACCACCUCCCUUUUGAGUGUCUUCCAGGUGAUCAUAAUCAAUCCCAGGAACUCCAGGUAUGCAGAGUUUAAAGCAAAAGCUCUGAAGUACAUGGACCUCUCCAAUAUCCUCUGCUGGAUCCUGCACAUGAUGCUAAAUAUUAUGGUACUGAUGAAAAUGACUGGUCAAUGGAGCAAUAAAAAUAUCACAAGGAGAGAUUAUGGAUUCUGUUAUGCUGAAGAUCAUAACAAUAUCAUAGACUACCUAUUGUAUACAAUUUUGUUAUUAUUUCCUGAUGUUUUCUGCCUGGUGCUUAUGUUGUGGGCCAGUAGCUCCAUGAUAUUUAUCUUGCACAGGCACAGACAGCAGGUCCAAUACAUUCAUAGGACCAGUGUUUCAUGCAAAUCAGCUCCUGAGGCCAGAGCCACUCAAAACACCCUAGUUCUGGUGAGCACUUUUGUGUCUUUUUACACUCUUUCCUCCAUCUUUCAUGGGUGUUUUGCUUUCUUAAAUAAGCCGAAUUUUUGGCUGGUGAAUGCCUCUACACUCAUUGCUGCAUGUUUCCCAAUGGUCAGCCCCUUUAUCCUCAUGAUCCGGGACUCCAGUGCAUCUAGGUUCUCCCUUGCCUGGAUAAGGAAUAUAAAAUUACCCAGACUUAAGAGGAAUACUUAA